UAGUAAUUGUGAUUAAGCGACUCUUAAUGUGAAAUGAAAGGAGUAUAUAUCUUCUGAAUUUUGAAAAUAUUAAUUAACGCCUGAGUCCAUCAACAUGACGUAAUGUGAUGGGGGCCAUACUUUAGCAUACUCUUUUAAUGCAAUUUCAUGUUAUUGCACCAAGAGUCAUGACAGUACCAAUAGCACAUUUUUAAAAUAUAAAAGAAACUUCUGAAUUCUUCAGAUUAUUAUAUCAAAACCAUUUAAUUAUGUUAAUGUGAGUGAAUUAGGUUGGGACACCAAAGAGAUGAAACCAUUUUUAAUCCCAGGGCAUACAAAGAUUGUUGCCAAAUUUUAUAGCUAGUUCAUUAGCUACCAACAUUCCAACCACUUCAUGUUACCCACAAAUCACUCUUUUAUAAGAAACAAUCGCUUCUAAGGCCAUUCUAUUAGCACACUACACUUGUUGUUCCCUUUGUUGUUGUCUCACAAAUGGAAGAAGAGGGAAACUUAGUGCCUUUUCUUUCUUCACCAGAUGGAUACAGCAUAAGUAUGUUCAUGCUAGCCUGCAUGGUUUCUUCAUGGAUCUUCAUCCACAGAUGGAAGCAAUGGAACACCAAGGGACCGAAAACGUGGCCACUCGUAGGAGCAUCAAUCGAACAAAUGAUGAACUACGAUCGGAUGCAUGACUGGCUUGUCGAGUACCUGGCCAAGUCAAGAACCGUCGUGGUUCCAAUGCCCUUCACCUGUUACACCUACGUUGCUGAUCCUGCUAACGUAGAACACGUCCUCAAAACCAACUUUGCUAAUUAUCCGAAGGGCGAAGUGUAUCAUUCGUAUAUGGAGGUGCUGCUCGGAGAUGGUAUUUUUAAUGUGGAUGGUGAGCUAUGGAGGAAGCAGAGGAAGACUGCGAGUUUUGAGUUUGCAUCCAGGAAUUUGAGGGAUUUCAGUACUGUAGUUUUCAGAGAAUAUAGCCUUAAGCUCUCUGCUAUUCUAUGUAAAGCAUCUUUCCACAAUAAAGAAGUAGACAUGCAGGAACUAUUGAUGAGGAUGACUCUGGACUCCAUAUGUAAGGUGGGAUUUGGGGCAGAGAUAGGAACAUUGGCUCCCCAUCUACCGGAUAAUCGAUUUGCUCAGGCAUUCGACACUGCAAACAUUAUCGUCACUCUUAGAUUCAUCGAUCCUCUAUGGAAAAUUAAGAAAUUUCUUAAUGUGGGUUCUGAAGCUGUACUAGAUCAAAGCAUUAAAAUGAUCGACGAUUUUACAUACUCUGUAAUUCGGAAAAGGAAGGAAGAAAUAGAAGCCACUCGAGAGACUUGCAAAAAUGACAAGAUGAAGAACGACAUACUGACAAGAUUCAUUGAGCUUGGGAAAGACCCGGAGAACAAUAUAACAGAUAAAAGCCUCAGAGAUGUUGUUCUGAACUUUGUCAUUGCCGGCCGUGACACAACAGCCACAACUCUCUCUUGGGCAAUAUACAAUAUAAUGACACAUGACCAUGUAGCAGACAAACUAUACUCAGAGCUCAAAACUUUUGAAGAAAACCGGGCAAAAGAAGAGGAGGUUGAAUUGCUUCAGUACAAUGUAGAUGAUCCCGAAUCCUUCAAUCAAAGAGCAAUGCAAUUUGCAGAACUCCUGACAUAUGAUUCAAUGGGGAGACUAUGUUACUUGCAUGCAGUGAUCACAGAGACACUUCGAUUAUACCCAGCCGUCCCCCAGGAUCCUAAGGGCAUCCUGGAGGAUGAUGUUUUACCAGAUGGAACUAAAGUAAAAGCUGGAGGAAUGGUGACUUAUGUGCCCUACUCAAUGGGUCGAAUGGAGUACAACUGGGGUCCCGAUGCAGCUUCAUUCAAGCCUGAGAGAUGGCUAAAAGAGGGUUGCUUCCAAAAUGCAUCACCAUUCAAGUUCACUGCAUUUCAGGCUGGGCCGAGGAUAUGCUUAGGGAAGGACUCUGCAUAUCUCCAAAUGAAGAUGGCACUGGCCAUUUUGUGUAGGUUUUUCAAAUACAGUUUGGUGCCGGGGCAUCUAGUGAAGUACAGGAUGAUGACAAUUCUAUCAAUGGCACAUGGAUUAAAGGUUAAUGUUAGAAGAUGUUCUUAAGACUCCUCGAGAGGUCAUACUGUUGUUGAUGUUUGUAGUUUAUACAUGCUAAA